AAAAGGUACUGGGAUUAGGGUUUUCUUGCGAGAGCUUUAUAAUGUUCCAAUCACACACUGAUCGUUUCAGGGGUAAAGUCACAGGAAUCAUACUUGUUGGUGAUCUCAAAAGUUAAAAAUGAUAACAUAUGAACUUGUUUUUAUUUAGCAUAUGCUCCCUUUGUUGUCUACUUUUUCUGUAUGUAAUGCGCUAUGACGACUCUAAAUCGAGCUCAAGUGUCAGUUGAAGUGUUUUGAAAGUCAUGGCGGAGCAUUUGGCUUCAAUAUUUGGGACUGAGAAGGAUAGGGUUAACUGCCCCUUUUACUUCAAGAUUGGGGCUUGCCGUCAUGGGGAUCGUUGCUCCCGUCUGCACAACAGGCCAACUGUGUCGCCGACAAUUGUGCUUGCUAACAUGUAUCAGCGCCCUGAUAUGAUCACACCAGGAGUCGAUGCUCAAGGCCAACCUAUUGAUCCUGAAAAGAUGCAGGAGCACUUUGAGGAUUUCUAUGAGGAUAUCUAUGAGGAGCUGAGCAAGUUUGGUGAGGUUGAGACCCUCAAUGUCUGUGAUAACCUUGCUGACCACAUGAUAGGCAAUGUGUAUGUCCAGUUCAGGGAGGAAGAACAGGCAGUCGCUGCGCAUAAUGCCCUUCAAGGUCGCUUCUACUCAGGGCGCCCAAUAAUUGUUGAGUAUUCCCCUGUGACUGAUUUCCGUGAGGCGACCUGUAGGCAGUUUGAGGAGAACAGCUGCAACCGUGGGGGCUACUGUAAUUUUAUGCAUGUAAAGCAGAUUGGCAGGGAGCUCAGGAGGAAGCUUUAUGGGGGGCGAUCCAGGAGGAGCCAUGGGAGAAGCCGCAGCCCAAGCCCACGCCACAGGAGGGGCAAUCGUGACCGUGAUGAUUUCCGCCGUGAACGUGAUGGUUAUCGUGGUGGUGGUGAUGGUUACCGUGGCGGCGGCGGUGGCGGUGGUGGUGACGGUUACCGCGGCGGUGAUAGUUACCGUGGUGGUGGUGGUGGUGGACGCAGGGGUGGGGGCAGCAGGUAUGACAGGUAUGAUGAUGGAGGAAGGCGCAGGCAUGGCAGCCCCCCAAGGCGUGCAAGGAGCCCAGUCAGGGAAAGCAGCGAGGAACGCAGGGCGAAGAUUGAACAGUGGAACCGUGAACGGGAGGAAAAGCCUUGAACGAAAGCAGUGAUAUCUCUAUGGAUGGCCGGUUCAUGCCUUCAUGGCAAUCACUAUCCGCUGGAGUCGUGGUGUGCUGCUAUGUUCUAAGUGGAUAUUUAGUGUGUGUCGUUUGGUACUCAUGCUUGGCUGAGUAACCCUUUUAAAUGCAGGAUUCUGGAUUCUAUUUACAUUGUGUUUCGUUUGACGUGUAAACCGCCGUUUGUUUUUAAAUAUGCAAUAUUGGAUCUUUUGUCAGUCUA